CCUUUCUGUAUUCAUCCGAAGAGCUCUUUCAAGUUUUCAACUGAAGAACUUGCGAUUCAUCGGACAUCUAUCUUCUUCUCUUCCCUUCGAUCCCGUAGUGAGGAGAACAAGAAUGGCGUUUGCUAAAAUGUUGUUUCUUUUCAGCAAAUUUCAGCAGGGUGUUGGUGUUCUAGCAAAGAGUAACACUUUUGCCAAGAAUCCACGGCAACUGCAAUAUGAAGCUGAUAUUAACAAGCUUUUUAUGUUUACAAGCUAUAAUCGUUUGGGACGAGAUGCUGAGGAGGCUGAUGCAGAAGAGAUCAUUGAGAUGGCUGGUAAAGCCACUUUUUCUGAGCAACAGAGACAAGUGCAAGAGAACAUUCACUACCAACUCCAAAACUUUUGUGCUUCCAUGGACGAGAUUCUUCUUCUUCGUAACGACAAAACACAUGAACUAAACGAGUCAGGAUUAGAAACUUUCGCCAUUGGUAAAGAUGAUAAUGUUCCAACUGCAGACAAGCCAUUGGUUCCUGAGACUAAGCCGCUUAAACUCGCUGAAAUCUCGAAGCUGUUAAAGGAUAGAAUUGGGUACACCCUCGAGAUCAAACCAUCCUUAAUACCUCACAAAGACGCUGGUCAAGGUUGUUUCAUAGCCGGUGAAGCAGAUGUGGGAGCUGUCUUAGCCUUUUACCCUGGUGUGAUUUAUCCUCCCGGGUAUCCAAAUGCUGAUGUACAAAACUCAUAUAUGAUCACUAGGUAUGAUGGGACUGUGAUAAAUGCUCAGCCUUGGGGUCGUGGAGGAGAAUCACGGCAAGUAUGGAACGGCUCUUUCACAAUCCCUGAGGUCAGGACAGAUGCUAAAACCGUGGAACACGGUUCUGACAAGGUUGAAGGUUUAGCUAAUGUAGAAGCGGUUCUUGAAAUGAGAAACCCGUUGGCGUUUGGUCAUUUCUUCAAUCACCCGGGUAAAGAUAUGGAUCCUAAUGUCAUGGUUUGCCCAUAUGACUUCCCUAUGUCAGAGAAGAGGAUGCGAGCUUACAUUCCAAAUGUAGCUUACGGGAAUGCAGGAGAGGCAAAGAUGACGAAACUUGGCGGCUUAUCGUUUAAGACUGAGAGUGAUAGCAGUUUGGAUGCUCCUGUACUUAAGACGGUUGUUCUAGUGGCUACAAGAGCGUUGUGCAAUGAAGAAUUGAUGCUGAAUUAUAGACUGAGUAACUCUGAGAGAAGACCAGAGUGGUAUACUCUGGUUGAUGAAGAGGAAGAUGAAAGGAGGACCUAAAAGUCUCUCGUUUUUUUUUUCUUUUGUUACUCUAGUUUCUUGGGAAUGAGAUUCAUAGUGAGAUGAAAAGUUACAACUUCAGGAAUAAUUUUAUCUAAAUACAAGAAUACAAUCAAUAAAACAAGCUUAUAUUUCUCUCAAAAUCAAAAAAGUUACAACAAUUUCACUUCGCUCUGUCCAUGUUACAUCACUUCUUCCUCCACUUCUUCAAAAGGCUUUGUUGCCAAAGAAGCCUGGACCAGCACGCGAAAGCAGUUCUUGCCCAGCG